AUGACCUCAGGGGAGACUGUACAAGUUCUAAUUAUCGGAGCUGGUGCCACUGGCUUGCUUAUCGCGCAGGGUCUGAAGCGGGCUAAUAUAUCUGUCGCGGUUUUUGAACAACAUAGUCUCGAAAAAUACGUCGAACGGGCUGGUGUCUGGAGUAUGGCACUGCACUGGGCGACACCCAAUGUAGAGGCUUGUCUGCCUCCAGAGCUCUUCGCUAGACUGAAUGAAGCACAAACAGAUCCAUGGGCUGUGCUGUCCGAUGGAGAUGCAAGAACGAUACCGCUCAUGAACGGCAAAACAGGGGAGCUCUUGACUUACGUCAAAGCCGAGGGACCAAGGAGAGUUCAAAGGGGACGAUUACGCGACUUAUUCGGAACAGGGUUGGACAUUCAAUUCGGCAUGAAACUGGACAGCGUCUCCGUCGAAGGUGAUACAGUAACAGCUACGUUCAAUGAUGGCGUUGAAGUCCGAAGAGGACGCUACCUUGUGGGCGCAGACGGGCCGAGAAGCAAAGUCCGCAGUUUGCUCGUACCUGUAGAUGCAAGCGAGUUGCAUCCCGCCCCUGUUACUAUUCUCAGUUUUGCCUGCUCUUUCGACGCUGAGAAAGCUCGCUACCUUCGCAGCAAGAUUCAUCCAAUCGCAACGUUGGCACCUCAUCCCGACCAGAAGACCUACUUCUUCAUAACGCUCGCUGAUGUCCCCGAUGCUGACAAGCCAGAGGGCUGGCUCUUUUCGAUAUCCCUGUCGAUUUGGAACGAAGGUCAACAACCCCAGACAUAUGAAGAACGGUCCCGACUAUUCAAGCAGCUAGCAGCCAACUAUUGCGAGCCCUGGAAAUAUCUAGCAGAGUGGGUCGGGGAUGAUGUUAAGAUUCCUCUAGAUCGUUUUGCUACCUGGAAGAAUAUUCAGCCCUGGAAGAACUACGAUGGAAGGAUGACAAUUGCUGGGGAUGCUGCGCACCCCAUGGUUCCUUACCGUGCCCAGGGUCUUAACAACGCACUCGAAGACGCUGGAAGAUAUGUCCAAGCAAUCACCGAGGUUAUCAAUGCGAACAAGGAUCCCGCUACUGUUGUUGGAUCGUAUAAUGCAGACGUUUACAAACGUGGUAAAGAUGAUAUUAGCGGCUCUGACGAGCAAAUGUACGCCUGCCAUCACUGGGAGGCUCUUUCACAUACCCCGCUACUAACAGAUGGUUUUAAUAAGCGCAAGUAA